CCAGGCCAGAGCUACGCACGCCCGUCCGGCUGGCGGCCGUCCUCCCGCGACCCGGCUGUCCAGCCUCUCCGGCCGUCGGCGAUGUUUUAUUUCCACUGUCCGCCGCAGCUCGAGGGUACUGCACCCUUUGGCAACCACUCUACGGGAGAUUUUGAUGAUGGGUUUCUACGCAGAAAACAGCGCAGGAACCGGACCACAUUUACUCUGCAGCAGCUGGAAGCUCUGGAAGCAGUUUUUGCCCAAACGCACUAUCCCGAUGUCUUCACAAGAGAAGAGCUAGCUAUGAAAAUAAACCUCACAGAAGCCAGAGUGCAGGUUUGGUUCCAGAAUCGAAGAGCCAAAUGGAGGAAAACAGAGCGAGGAGUGUCUGACCAGGAGCCAGGAGCCAAGGAACCCAUGGCAGAGGUGACCCCGCCGCCUGUAAGAAACAUCAAUUCCCCACCCCCUGGGGACCAGGCCCGGAGCAAGAAGGAGGUGCUGGAUGCUCAGCAGAGUCUGGGACGAACGGUGGGUCCCACAGGACCUUUCUUCCCCUCCUGCCUGCCCGGAACGCUCCUGAAUACAGCCACAUAUGCCCAGGCCCUGUCACAUGUCGCUUCCCUGAAAGGGGGCCCCCUGUGCUCUUGCUGUGUCCCUGACCCCAUGGGACUCUCCUUCCUCCCCACCUACGGCUGCCAGAGCAACCGCACAGCCAGCGUGGCCGCCCUGCGCAUGAAGGCUCGCGAGCACUCCGAGGCCGUGCUGCAGUCGGCCAACCUCCUGCCCGCCACCAGCAGCAGCCCCAGCCCGGCGGCCAAGCCGACACCUCCCGACAGCAGCCAGGACAAGACGCCUCCCACCAAGGACCAGAGCGAGGGGGAGAAGAGUGUAUGA